AUGGUUUCCAGAAUUUUUAUCACAUGGAUUCAGUUUUUGUACAAGACUAUAGAACCAUUAUGGAAAAGGAUGUUCCCAUCAAAAAGCCUGAUACGUGAACAUUUACCUGCCACAUUUAGAUCAUUCAAAAAUGUGCGGGUAAUUAUCGACUGUUUUGAGAUAUUUGUGCAAUCUUCAAGUGACUUCGCAGAACAAGGAAAUAUGUAUUCAUCAUAUAAAAACCAUACAACUUUAAAAUGUUUGGUCGGCAUUGCCCCCACUGGUGCAAUUACGUUUUUAUCGGAUGUAUACGAAGGGAGCAAAAGUGACAGGGAUAUUGUAAUCUCCUCAAAGUUUGCUGAAAUUCUGGAACCAGGGGAUUUAGUAAUAGCUGACAGGGGAUUCCUUAUUAAAGACAUUUUGCAGAAAAACAAAGUCGAAUUGAACAUCCCUCCAUUUUUAGGUGGUAGAGAUAGAUUAACUCCACAAGAAGAAAUACUGACAAAAAGAAUUGCACGUGUGAGAAUACACGUGGAACGUGCGAUUGAACGCAUGAAAAAAUUUAAGAUAAUUGGCACAACUUUGCCAUUAUGCUUCAAACCAAUGGCUACACAGAUUGUAAAAAUAAUAGGCUUUCUUGUUAACUAUCAGGAAUCAUUAGUGAAGUAA